CUGCUGAAUAAAAACUUUAAUGGCCGUCGUCAGAGAGCGAAGACUAAAACCUCACUCUCGAGCUCCCCCGCCGGAACCCUCAACCGACCGCCGCCUCCGCCUCCAUCUACCUCCACUCCACCCUUCUUCCUCGUCAUCCGCCGCCGCCGCCGCCGCCCGCGAGUACAGACUCUCCGACUUCGAGAGAAGCUCGCCGUGCUCGGACACGCGCAACGGAGGCACCGUCUACAAAGUCCGCCGCCGGAGCAGCGCAUCUACAGCCCUGAAAGUCCUCCACUCCGACUCCGCGGCCUCUCGCCGCGAGAUCGAGAUCCACAAGGGCGCCGACUCUCCGCGCUCAGCAAGCUGCAUCGCCGUCCUCUCCACCUCCUCCGGCGACCCCGCGCUCCUCCUCGAGCACAUGGAUCUCGGGUCCCUAAACCUCAGCACCCGGUUCCCCGAACCCGCCCUCGCCGAGAUCGCCGCCCAGGUCCUCAACGGCCUCGCCUACCUCCACGCUCAGAAGAUCGUCCACCGCGACAUCAAGCCCUCGAACCUCCUGCUGAGCUCCAGCGGAGAGAUCAAGAUCGCCGACUUCGGAGUGGGGAAAAUAAUGCGGCGGACCCUGGACCCGUGCGUGUCCUACGUGGGCACGUGCGCGUACAUGAGCCCGGAGAGGUUCGAUCCGGACCGGCACGGGGGGAACUACGACGCGUACGCGUCUGACGUGUGGAGCUUGGGGUUGACGAUCUUGGAGCUCCACCUGGGGCACUUUCCGCUGUUGCCGAUGGGUCAGAGGCCGGACUGGGCGACGCUGAUGUGCGCGAUUUGCUUCGGGGAGGCGGCCGGCGUGCCGGAGGCGGCGUCGGAGGAGCUGAGGGGGUUGUGGGGGUGUUGCUUGAUGAAAGAGGCGGGAAAGAGGUGGACGGUGGAGUUGUUGAGGCAUCCGUUUGUGGGCGGAAGGGAUCGGAGGGAGUCGGAGAGGGCUUUUGGGGAGGUUUUGGCCAGCGGCCGGCGGAGCUGGGGAGGGUUGAGAUUUUGAGGAGGAAUACGUGGGUUUUUUAUUUUUUUUAUUUUUUAUUUUUGGGUUGUACAUAGAUGGAUCCGAAGAAUAAUGGAUCUGAUCAAGUGGGGCUUUUUUUUAUGAUUUAUUUAUUUUUAUUUUUAAUUUUCGUUGGGGGGUUAGUGGAGUCUCCGGUGGAUUUCUUCAGUUAAUUUGCUGAAGCAAUUUUGUUGUAAAUUUGUUGAAUAACGUCUAAAUUUAGGGGGAUUACUUCCACUUAAUGUUCAAAUCUGCAUGAAUCCUUAGGGAAAUUGAAGAUUUAUUUAUGUAA